ACACUGAAUUAUCUCUAGAAGACUGCUACAAAUGGGCAUGAUAUUCCGUUUGUGUGCCUGGCGAAAAGAACAAACCUAGCUACCCAAUAGUUGGCGCAGUCCAUCUGCAUUGGGGCUGAGUUUCAGCCUUACGUCCUGCCUCCAUCCUUACUCUCUCCUACGUCUCCCUUCUCCAUCUUGCGACAACUCUCCACUGGUCAUUUCAUUUUUCCGCUUCUUAUUCCCAGUUUCUACGGCUCCCUUUGUAUCGCCACAUGCGUCCCCAAACCAUCGGGGCUAAGCUAUGGAAGUUGCUGGCCUCGCGCUUGGCGUGGCCGGCCUUGCUGGGCUCUUCUCCGCCUGCGCUAAUGGUUUUGCGCUCAUCCGCCGGGGAAGAGCUUUAGGAAAUGAUUUCCGGAUCCUAGAAGCCAAGUUCAGUAACCAAGAGCUGAGAUUAAGAGCCUGGGGACGGGCGUGUGGGUUUGAUGAAGACGGUGAGGCUGGGAGGCCUGGAGUGGAGGGCGCUGAUACAGACAAGAGCUAUGAUGAGCGUCUCAACAUGCCGGAGUUGAUAGUGAAUAUUGCAGAGACGCUGGAGUGUAUCAAGAUGUUGCUUUGCGAUGGAGCUAAGUUGCGGGGCCGAUACGGGCUGAAACCUUGCCCCGUUGAUGAAAAUAACGAUGCGCCGUCACCAACUCUUGACAGUGUGGAUGUGGCAGAAAAAUGGAAGAAUUCCAAUCGACUAAGUUUUCUGCGCAGUCUAAAGGCCGACAAAGAGAAAAUCAGUUCCUUUCGUUCCUCAGCGGCGUGGGCGAUCGAGGAUAAGUCUAAGUUUGCAGAACUGGUAUCUCAUCUCAAGGACUUCAUUGAUGAUUUGGAGAACCUUACUCGAGCCACAGGCGUCCCGAGACGGCAGCUGGUGUUCAUCGGGUACGAAAUAGAGUCAAUAACGGAUAUGGAGACUCUAGAGGAGAUGGAAAUGGCCAGGGAAGGAGAAGAUGACGCGGUUUCGGACGCUGCAAGCUUGAGGCUUGAGGUUACCUCGGAAGCGACGUCUAGUGCGCGAGUAUCGAUCGACUCCAAGAGUCUAAGGUCGUUCAUAACGAUGGAGUCGUACGAGACUGCGAGAAGUCGGUUCUCUGCCCCAAGUAGUCGGCUCUCCGUUUCAAGCAGUACGGCCAUAAAGACAGAAGUAGAUCUCAAAUGUGCCAAAGUGCUAGUCACAGGACCACUAGAGUCACACAAAACGCAGUUACUCUCAAGAUUCAACCCUACCUCUCUUCUCAGACCUUAUAUACCAACUGCCUUUGAGAAGUAUCAGGCGGCAUCGCCGGCAUUCCUCCUUAACGGUCACAUUGUGGUACCGUUCAACCACGACGACCAUGAUAUAUUACUAUCUCUUUGGGACACAGUAGGAGAGGAAGACUAUGAUAGACGACAGCUUUACUUAAAUGCUGACGUCGUCUUGAUAUGUAUUUCCGCAUCCAUAACCGGAAGCAAUGAAAUCCGCCAAAAAUGGGUUCCUGAGGCAAAAUCCAGUCACACACCUUACAUGCUUGUAGAAAUAAAGCCGGAUGAUGCUGAUGGCAUGUUUACGAAUGUGGCAAAAGAAACCGAAGAAGGCACUCGUGUAUCCACAUCGGACAUGCUCGGGUCAAAUCUCGCCGAAGAAGUUGGGGCGCUUUUUUACCUUCAAUGCAGCUUGUCCGAUGAGAAGUCCGUGCAACAGGUUUUUGAACGGAUGUGCCAGUAUCUCUUACCAAAUUCAGCCAAGUCAACACAGACACCACUGAGUAGGACUUUCAAUGUACCAUCAGACUUGAUGAUAUGCAAGCGGCAAAAUGAGCCUCGCUUGGUUAGUGAUAUUGUUAACAAACAAGGAAGUUGAGCUGCAAACAGUCAAAAUUUGGGAGAUUGCUGAGACUUUGUCAUGUGUUUCUGGCAAUGAUAUAUAGCAUUCUAAUUCUUACUGCGAUGUGCACACCGAUAUUAAUUGAUUCUUAUUCCUGAAAGCAUUCUAUUUCCAAUAUAGCUCCUCAAUCUGCCUAUUCUCUCACCUGGG